AUGCACCAUCUAGGAAUCGAACUGCGGUUUGCACUGUGCCAGGAUACUGUUCUACCGCUAAACCAUUGGUUUUUGAUGGAUCGACUGAGGAACCCAGUCAUCAGCCAUAGCUUCAGGCAACAAAAUCAGGUGGCUGACCUUUUAGCUAAAGAGGGAGCAAAGAGGAAGCUUUUUGACAAAACUUGGAUUUUGGUAAUUCCUCCGAUCAAAGGCAAGAACUUCAAAUGUGGAUUGAGAUUACGUGAUGACGACUUAAGAGACAUAGCUACUGAGGAUGUUAGUGGUUGUCAUCCAGUAUAUUUUACAGGAUAUCUGUUUGUUUACAUGUUUUUUAUGUAUGGGGCAUCAAUUUCUGGGUGGAAGUAUUGUAGACCACUAAUUGCUGUUGAUGGAACAUUUCUAAAAAAUAAAUAUAGAGGUGUUCUAUUAGUGGGUGUUACCAAAGAUGCAAAUAACCAGAUUUUUCCUAUAGCUUUUGGAGUAGUGGAUAAAGAGAAUAAUGAAUCAUAUGAAUGGUAUUUCAGGGAAUUAAGAAAAGCAAUUGGGAUUCAUAAUGAUUUAAUGUUCUUGUCAGAUCGACACAAGGCUAUUGCAAAUGGAAUUGCAAAGGUUUUCCCUGAGUGCUACCAUGGAAUUUGCAUCUAUCAUUUAGAAAAGAAUCUGAAGCAAACAAGAGUGAGAAACACUGUGAUAAAUCUCUUUCAAAGUGCUGCAAGAGUAUACCUUCAAUCAGAAUUUGAUGACUUCAUGUCCCAAAUAGCUGCUGUUGAUAAGAAAACUUUCAAUUAUUUGAUGGAGGAACCGCCAGGAAGGUGGGCUCGUUCACAUUGUCCCAGAAGAAGAUAUGAUAUGUUAACAACAAAUAUUGUUGAGUCAAUGAAUAAUGUUUUAAGACGUUCAAGAGAAUUGCCAAUUUUAACAAUGAUGGAUUUCAUACAAGAAAAAUUGCAAAGCUGGUUCUAUGAAAGAAGGACACUUGCAGAAAGAAUAUUCCGUGAUAUAUCAAAUUGGGCAGAAGCAACAUUGGAAGCAAAAAUUCAACCAGCUUUUACAUUUAGACUAUUGCCCAUUGAUAGACUCAAAUUCAAUGUCAAAGAAGGUGGUAUGGAAUUUAUUGUUGAUCUAGACAAAAGAACAUGUGAUUGUUCUGAAUUUCAGCUAGAUGAGAUGUCAUGUGAACAUGCAAUUGCUGCAAUUGAGAGUGAUGCAACAACAUGGGUUAUACAAGAUACUAUUAAAUCAGAAAUCACUAAGCCUCCAGAUGCCAAAGUACUGCUAGGAAGAAGACAGAAGAAUCUACAUGUUUCCGGUACAGAAUUCAAGAAGGAACCAAGAUGUAGUCGUUGCAAAAAAUAUGGGCAUACCAGAACAAAUUGCACAAAUUCUGCUGUAGUUCAUCCUUAUACAAGAAAAUAUAGGGAAAAAAAUGAUUGA